UUUCAACUGAAUUUCCCACCAAAAUUAUACUGCUCCUCUCUCUACUUCUUCACCCUCUCCCUCUUUCUCUCGACAACGAUCAGGAUCCCAGUCCUCACAUUCAGAACAUACCUCACAAGAAAAUCCAAGCUCCGCAACAAUGGCGGAGAACUCCUACUUUCGUUGGCCUCCGUGUCUAAUGCUCUUGAUUAUUAGCGUUCUGGUUUCGCUGCCCACAUCACAUUCUCAAGAAAGUCCAACGUAUCUGGGAUUCGUGUCAAAUGCUACAGAAUUUCCAGCAGAAGAUUACUAUGAUUACAUCAUAGUCGGUGGUGGCACAGCUGGCUGCCCACUCGCGGCAACUCUGUCGGAAAAGUUUCGGGUUCUUGUUCUUGAAAGAGGGGGAAUUCCAUAUGGUAAACCUAAUUUGAUGACUCAAGAUGGAUUUCUCACAACUUUAAUUGAAGCUGAUGCCCAUGAAUCCCCUGCUCAACUUUUCACAUCUGAAGAUGGAGUUCCAAACGCUAGAGGCAGAGUUCUUGGAGGAAGUAGCGCCAUAAAUGCUGGUUUUUAUAGUAGAGCUGAUCAAGAUUUUUACACCAGAUCAGGGAUUAACUGGGAUCUCAGAGUUGUUAAUCAGUCAUAUGAUUGGGUAGAGAAAGCCAUUGUGUUUAGGCCUGAGUUAAAGAAUUGGCAAUCUGCUGUAAGAGAUGGGCUAUUAGAGGCUGGGAUUGAUCCAUAUAAUGGUUUCAGUUUGGAUCAUGUUAGGGGGACUAAAAUAGGGGGUUCAACGUUUGAUAGUUCUGGUAGAAGGCAUAGUGCAGCUGACCUUUUGAGCUAUGCAAAUCCAUCAAACAUUAAGGUGGUGGUGCAUGCUAGUGUGGAGAGGGUUCUUUUGGCAUCCUCCUCCGCUUACCCAGAUGCAAAAAAGUCGGCUAUUGGGGUAGUGUUCCGCGAUCAAACCGGACAGUAUCACCACGCCAUGGUGCGGGAUAGGGGUGAGGUCUUGCUGUGUGCAGGAGCUCUAGGCAGCCCUCAGCUCCUGCUGCUGAGUGGCAUCGGGCCAAGGCCUUAUCUUGCUUCCUGGGGGAUUCCUGUGGCACACCAUUCACCAUAUGUUGGUCAGUUUUUGUACGAUAAUCCAAGAAAUGGAAUAUCCAUAGUGCCACCAGUGCCACUCGAUCAUUCAUUGAUUCAAGUUGUGGGCAUUACUAGUUCAGGCACUUAUCUAGAAGCAGCCUCCAAUUCAGUACCCUUUGCCUCCCCUGCUUGGCCAAUCUUCAUUCAUUCUCCUGGCUCUGCAAUUUAUCUCAAUGUUGCCACUCUUAUGGAGAAAAUAGUCGGCCCACUUUCUUCUGGUUCUCUCAGAUUGGCAUCCACAGACGUGAGAGCGAACCCUAUAGUCCGGUUCAACUAUUUCAGCAAUCCAGGAGAUCUUGAGAGGUGCGUGAAUGGCACAAGAAAGAUCGCUGAUGUGCUGAAAACUCGUGCUAUGAAGGAUUUUAGGUUCCAUCAUUUGUUUGGAGCUAGAGAGUUUCGAUAUGUGGGUCCUGCACUGCCUAUUGAUCAGUCUAAUGAUGCGCAGAUGCGCGAGUUUUGUAGACGCACGGUGAGCACCAUAUGGCACUAUCACGGGGGCUGCCUUGUGGGAAAGGUUGUGGACCACAACCUCAAAGUUAUGGGGAUCGGUGGUCUGAGAGUCGUCGAUGGCUCAAUGUUCACAGUAUCACCUGGUACGAAUCCUCAGGCCACUCUUCUGAUGCUGGGGAGGUUUUUUGGUUUGAAGCUAAUUAGGGAGAGAAUGAGAUAAAACCGACCAUUUGCCUUGUGUGGAGAAAUGAUGAACCAAUGAGAUAGAAAGAUGAGUUGCCUGCUACAAAGAGUUUGGGCAUAAACGAUGUCCAUUUGGUGAGAGCUCUACAUUUACAAAGCACGGAAAGAGAAAUUUAUCUUCCUAACAGUGGCUAUAAAUAAACCGCACCUUGGAAUAUUUUCUGGAAACAACUUGGAAUAAUUCAAUUUGUGAAUGAAGAUAGUAUCUUUCUCU